AUGACAACAAUGGCUUCCUCAACAGUGAUGUUCUCUUUGGGUUUCAAAUUUUCCCCUUCAAACCACCCAAUUCAAAGCUAUCAUAGCACUGUUCAUCUCGCACCAUUCGCCAAGAAAACCUCACUGAACCUCAGUUCAUCACAGACCAUCUCUGGCUUCAGCCCAAUCCUUCCCAGCAGAGACUUUACAGUCGCCUCUCCCCCUCGAAACGCUCAGCAUCUCACUGUGGUCUCUUCUAAAGGCUACAAAAUGAAAACCCACAAGGCUUCGGCAAAGCGGUUUCGGGUUACUGGAACUGGGAAGAUAAUGAGGAGGAGAGCUGGGAAGCAACAUCUGAAUGCGAAAAAGAGUACUAAGAGGAAAUUAAGACUUUCAAAAAUGCAACAAGUUGACCGCAGUGACUACAACAACGUGAUUGGUGCCUUGCCUUAUUUGAAGAAUCAGCGGAUAUCCCAAUCUCGUUCUCGUCAGAGCUCGUGA